GAGACCACCCGGAUUCCAUUCUGUCGUAGUAGUCGCUUUCGGUCUCACGACAGUGCGUUUCGUUAGAUUCAUGACGUAUAUUAAGUAUUCCAUUCUUGUGCGUGCCAUUUAUUUUAACGUUUCCGUGCUCACAAAUUUGUUCGAAUUAUCCGUCAAUUUCUGGCUUGCGUGGGAGCUAUACUUUAACAAAAUAUUAUUUUAAGGUUGCAGACGUCAAUUGUACGUCAACGUGCUUAAUGACAAUUUGAAAAUUUAGUUUUUAAUUAAUGUUUGAAUUCUAUCGUAUUGACAUUAUCUAAUCUUAUCUCUUUAUUGACAAUACAAUUGAUAUAUUUUGCGAUUUUGAUAAUGCGCUUUCAUUGAAAUAAGCUUUUCCAACGAACGGUAAUCACGUAUCUCGGAGAUAGUACACGUGUCUAGGACUUUGUACUAAAAUCCACACACUUGAAUAUUUAAAAGGAGACGAGAGAAGGGGAGCGAACGCGAAACGGGACGGCACGUUGACGUCCGCGAAACCACUACGGCGCAGUACAGGACGAGGAAGCGAGGAAAGGAUGGCCGGUCGUCUUCUUCGGAGCACGCCAGUCAGGAUGCUCGCCGUCUGCCUGGUCUAUCUUUUCACGCUCCUCGGUUCGUACUGUCAGAUGGCACCAGCCGUAGCCGGUGCCACCAGAGGCUGGAAAAUAGGAAGUGGCCACAAAUACAGAUUAACGAAUACUCUGAUCUUCAGAGAGGUCGGAUCAACUGGAGCUGACGUCGGCUUUCAACUGACCGGUGAGCUGGACAUCACCGCUGUAUGGCAAGAUCCUAAUGAUCUUAAUGCUUUUCUACUUAAGUUUAAGCUGCUAUCGCCGCAGUUAUGGAUCAAAUCUCGCCGAGCUCCGGCACCAGAGGGUUUCGUGGAGCAUUCAUCCAAAGUGAAUCAAGUUGCCGAGAAGCCCUUCUUCGUGCUCUGGCGACGCGGGGAUAUCGUGGCAAUUUACAUAGAUUCAGAUGACAACGCGUCAUCCGCGAAUCUGAAGCGCGGCCUGGCAAGCUUGUUUCAGUACCGAACGCUCGACGACGAAGUGCGUCAACGUGACGCUUCCGGCAUCUGUGACGUGGUCUACGUGUCCACCGGAGAGAACAUCAUCGAGAAAAGAAAGACUGCUUGUACGUACGAUACGUUACCGCCGCCUCGACGACAUCCGAAUCCGGUAUUCGCCGUCAAGCUCGAAAGUUAUCGCAAUUCCACAUACCUGCUGACGCAAUCGCUACUGCCGGAGCGUGUGCUCGAUUAUGAGGGACAUAGGAUAACCUUGGCAUCCAAGCUGGACAUCGGCACGAACGUUCUAUCAGAAAGAAUAUUAGAACAGGCGCCGGAAGUCCUGAGCGCGAGCGUUGUUCAAGCGGAUUCCGCAAAGCAUGCAGUAAUGAUGCUCGAGCCCGGAUACAGAGAAAGCAAUAUCGAGCUACAGCCAGAGCCCGUUACAUGUCCUAACACCGGAUGUCCCACGAUUGAGCAGACAAUCGAGGAGUAUCGUGAGGCGCUUACCUUUUCCACGCUGGGUACAGCGAAAUCCGCAUCGGCCUUCCUCAAGCUUCUCCCUCUAGUCAGAAACGCCUUACCGGAGGAACUGCACAAGAUCCUGAAAACGCCGCGCUAUCGCCAGAUGAAGAUGCAACUGUUGGAUGUGCUUGGCUCCGCAUCUACGUUGCCUGCUCAUCAAGCGGCCAUGAAGAUUCUCCGACAGGACGAGAUCGGCGAUGAGACCGAGAGAUAUUUAUGGGCUCUAUCUCUUUCGCCAUCGCCGAACAUCGAUGUCAUAAAGGAUAUUCUCAGGCGCUCCGAGGAGACGAUGCAAAACGAUAAGGUAUCCGAGACCUAUGCGCUUGCUGCGGGCGCAAUGGCGCGGCAUUAUGGCUCAGCCGCAAUAAUCGAAAAGGCGAGGAUUAGUCUGGAACUGGGUCUGGAUACUUGUAGCAGUGAAGACUGUAAACUUAAGUUUCUUCGGGCUUUGCGAAACCUGAAGAGUCCAAUGGCAAUUCCCACAUUGUUAUCGCACGCGUUAAGCACCAAGAAAGCCAUCAGUGUCGCCGCUUGGCGAGCCCUGGCAGUUAUUCCUCGUGAAGCUGUAACUGACGAGUUGAGGGACGCGGCUCAUAAGGUUUUCUACCAAAUCGGACCGCGAAGGGACAGCAGCGCGCGAACAAUCGCGUUGGACAUCAUCCUCGAGAGCGAUCCUUCCGAAGAUAUUCUGCGUGAUCUCGUAAAAUAUCUAAACAGCAACGACUCGGCCUAUGAAGUCCGCAAGUAUUUGAGUCAACGACUGGAACAAAUUGCUGAAAGGAACGAGCGAUUCGCCGGAUACCUGGAGAAUUUAUAUAUGACCGGCGGUACGACGGUUAAUAAUUAUCACGUGCGAGCGCAAAGAGGUCUCUCUAUUGCCUUCACGAGGCACUUUUUGCGUUCACCCGAGACCAACGGUUCUUUGGUGACCAUUCAAGAGGUAAAUUCUGGUCUGCUGAAGCACGGCAUUGUAGACGUCGUGCUGGAGACUAACAAUCAACGGCAAGCGAUGUUCUCGCUGGGAUUAUUCGCGGGUGGUCUUGGCAGUUUCGUCUCGAAUCAAGAAGACGAAGCGGAAGCUGACGAAAUGGCUACUGCCGGUAUGGAGAUAGAUUUUCUCGGCGUUGGCAUCCGACCGUUCGUCUUCUUUUCUGGUCAGGGAGAGCUGAUGAGCCAUGUCUGGUCUGGCACGGCAUCUGAGAGGACCCCUGCUUUCCAAGCUCUCGCUUCUCUCUAUAGUCACAAUGAAUAUGUGCCAUUGGCAUCCGGUUUUGUUGCCGAGGUCGACAUUCAGGGCGCCGUGAGCUUUGACUUGGCCGGCCAGAUCCAGCUGAGCUUAUGGUCGAGAAACGCGCAGUCCUUGGUGGAAAUGAAUGCCGGUGUGAUGGUCCACGGUGGUACCAGGAUACAUUCGAGUUUCGUGCAGAGUAAGGCGGAUUUCUCGAUGACAAUGGAGCCUAAGCUCGAACUGUCCACCAACUUAGAUUUCUCUGGACCACUAUCGCUGUGUAUGAGGCUCAGCCAGCCGGCCACUACAGUGAAACAGCAGUUCUAUAAGAUCGAGAGAAUAGCCGGCAGCCGGCACAGACUGAGAAAGACACGCCGGAUAAAGAUUCAUUCACCUGGCAGGUGUUAUAAACUUAAUCAAAAGAACAAUGAAAUGUGCACGAAAUUCGCGUUUAGUUAACAUUCUAAAGAUUGUUCAGUUUUUUUAAUAUUAGAGAGAUGAUCGCGAUAUAAAACUGUUUUUUUACCAACUGUUUUUGUGGACCUCUUUAAUGUAAGGAUAGUGUAAAGAUAGAAUUUGAUAAUGUGACAGCGUUUAUACAUCGGAGACCGAUGAAUAACGUUACACUUGGACCUCAAUAUAAUGCUUGCAAUUAAUUGAUAUUACUGACUUGAAUGCACUUAGCGAUAAAAGAAGAAAAUUAAUAUUGCCAUAAUAAUUUAAUUAUUUAAUAAUAAUAUUUCCUGAUGGAAAUAUCAUUAUUUUUUUCAGGCUCUCAUUUUAUGUGUUUGACGGCAACUUUAAAAUAUAACUUAUAUCUUUGAUUAUUUUUUUAUUAACGUUAUCUCUAUUACUUCGCAUUCCUCAACUUAUUUUUAUUAACAUUACAAGAUACAAUGCAUUUAUUUUUUUCGAAAUCCAUUAUAUCGAGGCUCAAUGCUAUUCAUAUUUUAUAUUUUGUACAUUCAUUUCUACAAAGUAAGCGUUAAUAAAAAAGGAAAAGGAAAAAAUACGCACUC